UGGGUUGUGGGUCUCUAUCUCGUCACUCUCAAACUCUCUCUCUUCGUGAAACCUUCUCAAUCUCACUCUAGACACUCGCUAAGUCUCAAUCUCACUCAAGACACUCUCUCUAAGUCUCAAUCUCACUCAAGACACUCUCACAAUCUCCCUAACGGAAUAAGAGCUCAUGGAGACGUCUCUAUUGCAAGAGCAGCAACAGAAACAGUUGGAAUCAAAGAAAAAGGAGCUCAUAAAGACUUUGCUCUCGGAACUAGAGCAACUCAGUGUUGAAAUAAUUGAGAUAAAGAAGAUUGAGCAGGAGCUCAUUGCAACCGGCAAAAAAGUGAAGAAAGCAGAUGAUGGCUGGAAUAUUUAUGAUGAUGUUAGGAAGGAGCAACACAACACUAUCAUGGAGUUAAAAGGGAAGCUGCAGUUUUUUUGCCGGUGUUAUUUGUUGCCUGUUGAUGGUAAUGGAACUUCAAUUAAUGAUGGAACUUCAAUUAAUGUUCCUAACCUACAUAUUGCUUUGAAAGUAGAAGAGAAAAACCAUUGUUUCAAAUUUGAUCAAGUGUUUUCUCAUGAAUCUAAUCUAGAUGAUGUUUUUGGAAAAACAUCUGAAUUCUUACAAAGUGCACUUGAUGGCUAUAAGGUUUGUAUAAUUAGCUUUGGCCAAAGCUUUGACACUAAUGAAGAUGAACUACUAUAUCGCUCUUUAGAGCAUUUAUGUCAAAGAAGACAGCAUCUUCUAAAGCUUGGCAAGAAAAUCACUAUGCAGAUAUUCAUGAGUGCAAUAUCCGAAGAUAGUGUCCACAAUUUAUUGUGUGACACGGAAGAAAAUGUUGACGUGUCCAAUUUUGAAGAGUUUUCUUUUGCUUUUCAAAAGUUUGCUGAAAAAAGGACGGAAAUGAAUGAGCAGUCUUCAAGAACUCAUUUUGUUCUUACAUUACACAUAUCUUGUGUUGAGGGUUUUAAGCAACCAAGAAAUGGGGUUUUAAACUUCAUUUAUAUGGCUAGUGAAGCUGUGGAAAAGGAAAUUGAGAUCUAUGGCUUGUCAUUGCCCGAGGGGCUUGCAUGUUUUCUAAAGCCAUACUUGGAUGAGGAUGCAAAGAUGUUGAUUUUGGCUAACAUCUCCACUAGUCAUGCCUCAAAGAACUUGACUACCUUGGAGAGGUUGGAUAGGAUGAGCAGAUUCAAACUCUCACAGCCUUUUAGAAGCGGACCUUCUACCCCAGCAAAGCCCAAGACACCAAAUUUGGGGCAACGCACAUCGCAAAGAUAGAUGGUUUUGAAUACUUAAAAGGAAAACUGCCCUACCUCUUGACUGAAUUCUUGGAGUAUGUGGCUGAACAAUCUGUCAUCCUAUGCUGACAUGGAAAUGAAUCCUAAAAAUCCUGCAUUUUGGAGAACUGAAUCAUCAAAACUUUCAUAUCAAUAUAUUGUGAAUUAGUAACUUUUAGAAAGAAUUGUGAUAGGUUUUAUUUGAAUGUGUUUCCAAUUCUAUGAUCCUCUUUUUGUAUACUUAACUGCAACAGGUUUUAUUUCAAAUGUCUUCCCAAUCUUGUGAUACAUUUUUUAUGGUAAUGGUAGAUUAUUUUGAUUAAAUUUGAA